CUCCCUGUUUAAUUUGUUUGAAGUGGUGUUGCUUCAAUAACUUCUUUCGUAUUGCACUCUUGAAAGUCGGGCAAGCUUCAAAAUGGGGCUUGGUGUUCUGGAAGAUAAUAAGCUCGCACAUGUCCCUGGAACUGUGCUGUUGGAUGAUGAAGCUGCUCACUCCGAGGAGCGGCUUGUCGGACUCAAGCAUGGCACAGGGAAAGACAGCCACAUCGUCCUCUCCCCGCAACCCAGUGACGACCCAAAUGAUCCCUUGAACUGGCCAAUGUGGAAGAAAGACAUGAUCAUUGCAAUCCUAUGUCUCGGCACAAUGCUGAAUGCAGGCACAAACGGGCCGUUCCUCAAUGCCUCAUACUUCGUCAUCGCCGAACAGGUCGGGAAACCACUCUCAGUUGUUGUUCUCGUUUCGGGCUAUAAUCUCCUUGCGGCAGGCUGCUCAGGACCUAUCGUCUGUGCCCUCAGUCGAAAAUACGGCAAACGGCCCGUUUUCCUGGCUUCCACAAUCUUCGAUAUCAUUGGAACAGCAAUCGGCGAGUCCAAAAUUAGUUACAAUUACCUUCUCGCAGCACGCAUCGUACAAGGUUUCUCCACCAGCGCCUUCGAAUCCCUAAUGAUCGCCUCAAUCGGUGAUAUGUACUUCGUACAUCAGCGUGGCACACGAGUGGCAUUCCAGAACUUCAUCCAGAACUCGGCGUCCUCACUCGCCUCCAUCAUCUGCGGACAAGUUUUUGCAAGUCUCGGAUGGCUCUGGUUAUUCCACAUGUUCCAGAUAUUCCUCGUUGUCCAAUUUGUACUCAUGUUCCUCUUCUGCCCUGAGACCACCUACCUCCGUGAUGUUCGCUACGAAACCGACCUCGCAGUUAAUGAAAAGCUGGAUGAAUUGGCGAAGAUCGAGGAGCGGCAUCGAGAAGUGGAGGUCGGGAUGGAGCUGGCAAAUAUACCGCCUAAGAAAACAUUCGUUCAAGAAUUGGCCGUAUACACGGGUAUUUACUCCAAGGACAACAUAUUCAAGUACUUACUGGGGCCAUUCUUAACGUUGUUAAAUCCCGCCGCUUGCUAUGCUAUCAUCACUUCCGGACUCUUGAACGCCUGGUACGUCGGGUCGGCCAUCAUUCUCGCGGGAAUCUUUUCCGGGCCGCCCUGGAAAUUUGGGCCUGCGCAGAUCGGAUACAUUGGUGCUGGACCGUUCAUCGGUGGCAUGAUCGGGUCUAUCUUUGUCGGCUGGUUUAGCGACCCCAUUGUUAAGUAUAUGGGGAAACGAAACCAAGGCGUAUAUGAGCCAGAAUUCCGUCUCGUAUUCAUGUCGGGAGCGACUGUCUUCAUGGGUCUUGGAAUGUUUCUGUUUGGUUAUACAAUGGCUAUUGGUGCCAAUGCAAUCCUCUGUGCUUUCCUUCAAGGCGUCAUGAUGGUUGGUGUUCUGAUCGGUAUCUUUGCCACGUUGGCCUACGGUCUCGAUGCAUUCCGAAGCCAAAGCAGUGAGAUAUUCAUCAUGAACAUGCUAUUCAAGAACUUCAUGUUCUACGGCCUUUCAAAUUUUGCCAACCCUUGGGUGGAAUCCAACGGUCCGGAACAGAUAAUGUAUGUCUUUGGCGGCACUUCGAUCUUCUUGGGGCUCUUGGCCAUCCCGGUGUAUAUCUAUGGGAAGAGACUCAGGAGCUGGUGGUCGAGACAUGACCUCUUUGUCCUCUUGAAGAUGGAAACGAAGGGUCCGGGGUUGGAGUUGGCGUGAUGUAGAAGAGUAAUAUGGACCUCUAAGAGCUUGGCGAUCGGUUGCUGGAAGGUCCUGGGAGUGUUGCAUGUUUGAUAUCCCUCCCCUGAUGUGGCGGUGUUGCAGAUGUAGUUGAGAAUUGUGUAGUAUGCUUGAAUGUACCGAAGAAUGAAACAUAAAUUCGGC